AUGCCUCCUCUUCCAGUCAAGGAGGCCGAGAAGAUCGGCGAGUACGACCUGUUCGUAAUUGGCGGCGGAUCCGGCGGUCUCGGUACCGCCCGCCGCGCGGCCAGUUAUGGCGCAAAGGUCGGCCUGGCCGAGGCAUCGCACCGUCUUGGUGGAACGUGUGUUAAUGUUGGCUGUGUGCCGAAGAAGGUUAUGUGGUACACGUCCGAGGAGGCGAGCUCGCUUCGCCACGCUGCGGCGUACGGGUUCGGCAACGCCGAGGAGAACGACAAGAUUGUCGCGAGCUUCAACUGGCCCAAGCUCAAGAAGAAGCGCGACGCAUACAUUGAGCGUCUUAAUGGCAUUUACGACCGCAACCUCGCCAAGGACGGUGUCGACUACCACGAGGGCUACGCCUCGUUCGUCGACAAGAACACACUCAACAUCAAGUCUUUGAACGGCGAGAACUACACCAUCAAGGCCAAGAAGAUUGUCAUCGCCGUCGGGGGCAAGCCGCACGUUCCGACAGACGAGGAGGUUCCGGGUGCGUCGCUUGGCAUCGACUCGGACGGUUUCUUUGAACUCGAGGAGCAGCCGAAGCGUGUCGCCGUCGUCGGUGCGGGCUACAUUGCCGUCGAACUCGCAGGCAUCUUCAACGGUCUCGGAUCCGAGACCCACCUCCUGAUCCGACACGGCGCCGUCCUCCGCACAUUCGACCCUAUGCUCUCGGACGUCCUCCUCCCGUGGAUGGAGCACGUCGGGAUGAACGUCCACAAGGAAACGGGUGUGACCAAGGUCGAGAAGAUUGAUGGCGGACUCCGUGUGCACCAGAAGAACGGGGAGCCUAUCGACGUCGACACGGUCGUCUGGGCGAUUGGGCGUCAUGCCAACGACAACGGCCUUGGCCUCGACAAGGUGGGCGUCAAGCAGGACGACAAGGGCAAUGUCAUUGCCAAUGAGUAUCAGGAGACCAACGUCGAGGAUAUCUACGCCCUCGGUGACAUUGGUGGCAAGGCCGAGCUCACUCCGGUCGCCAUCGCUGCCGGUCGCCGCCUCAGCAACCGCCUCUUCGGCCCGCCCGAGUUCAAGGACGACAAGCUCGACUACAACGACAUUCCGUCCGUCGUCUUCUCGCACCCCCCCAUCGGUUCCGUCGGUCUCAGCGAGCCCGACGCACGCAAAAAGUACGGCGAGAGCAUCAAGGUCUACACCACCCGUUUCCGUGACAUGAGCGGCGCCAUGCUCGACGAGAACCAGAAGCAGCCUACCGCGUACAAGGUCAUCUGCGAGGGGCCCAACGAGCGCGUCAUUGGUCUUCACAUGAUUGGCGUCGGCUCGGAUGAGAUCCUCCAGGGCUUCGCGGUCGCCAUCAAGUGCGGCGCGACGCGCAAGGACUUCCAGGCCACCGUGGCCAUCCACCCCACCAGCGCUGAGGAGGUUGUCACCAUCUUCUAA